AUGGAGUCAGAAGAAGCAUCCACCGCCAAGCUCCGUCUCAUGUGCAGCUACGGCGGCCACAUACUCCCCCGUCCCGGCACCAACUCCCUCUUCUACGCCGGGGGCGAAACCCGUAUCCUCUCCAUCCAGCACCGCACCCUCGCCACGCUCUCCUCCUUCCGCACCCAUCUCUCCACCCUCCUCUCUCUGAAAUACCCCUUCACUCUCAAGUACCAGCUCCCCCACCUUCACCUUGAUUCUCUCAUCUCCCUCGCCUCCGACGAAGACCUCCACAUCCUCGUCGACGAGUACCACAACUCCUCUUCCCGCAUCAGACUCUUCGUCUUCCCUGCUUUCCGCCACCCCAAAACCGAGUCAUGGUUCUUGGACUCCCUCAAGAGCUCCUCCAUCAUGCACCACUCCUUCCCUCUCGACACCACCUCCUCUUUCGCUUCCUCUCUUCUUCCUCCAUCCCUCCCCUCAUCUCUUCCAAGUGAUAGUACUGUUUCCAGCAUCAUUUCGCAGCGGCAGAAUACGUGUUAUCAGGACUCUGUGCUUCAUGUUUCGGAGGCCACACUCAGUGCUCAGACUGUCCAAGUUGAAAGUCAGAACCUCUUUGUUUCCAAUAAUGCAAAUUUGAAUGCACGGUAUUCUUCAUUUCCACGGUUUAAUUCAGUGGUGCAAUCUGCUACACGCAAUUUACCCCUUCAUGCUCCCCUGAACUCAUUACCGACUGGCCACUGUAUUUAUCAGCAAUCUCGUCCUUCGACGCAUCUGGUUUAUCAAACCAAUCCUAUUUGCCCUGUAUACCUCGUACCUGUUACUUUGCCUAUGACUGCCUCUACCCAAGCAUCAAUGAAUCUAAAUCUUUCAUCCAUAGGUUCCCGUGUACCACGUAACUCUACCUCUGACUCUCAGAACUAUUUAACACACACAGAAACUGCAGCACUCGUUCACGUCCCUUACAACGAAAAUCAGGCACCGCAGAUCGAUGUUAGUCCAAUGCAUCAUAUUCAAUCUCAAUCUCAGAACAUAUCUAUUACUUCCGUGGAAUCAGCCGAGAGUGGAAAUGAACUUGACAACAACCUUACUCGUGAUCAGAUAUACAAAUCUCAGCCCCCACCUCCGGCAUUGCCUUCUAAACACCAAACCGUGAGAAAAGCCACCCCGGAGUUGUUAUCUGAAGCUCUUGCUCAGUUGCAUGUGGAUAGCCUCAAGCCGCAGCACACAGAAAUAUCACAGCCACAUUGAUUUGUAUUAUCUGGAAGACACAAUUUUGAAUGUUCCAUGAUGACUUUUAAUGUUCCAUCAUGUGUUUUUUUUCUCCCUAUAGUGGUACUUGUAUGUUUUGGUAGUUGUAUAUGACUUUUCUUUGGCAUGUCACUUUUAAUAGCCGUACAUUGAAUAUAAUUACAGAAAUUUUAAUA